AUGGUGUCCAAACCAAAAUUUCAAUUUGCCUUUGAAGAGAUUGAAGUAUCUGAUGAUGAAGAAGAUCAAGAGGAUCAAGGAAAUGAACUGUCAGAAAAUGAGUUUGAAAAUUUUAUUCAGCAAAGUAUUUCAUUCCCAGAAGAGGAUGCAUCUGUUACACCUCCGAGUGUGACUGAGAGGGAAGAACUUCAACGAACUACAAGGAAGCCUCCCCAAACAGUUCCUGUUGAUACUGAAACUCCAUCUGGAAGUGAUCUAGAAGACUUCGCCCACGCUUUACUCCCACGGAAGUGUAAAAGAAGAGAUCCUAGGCCGGGAGUGCUUAUCACAGACUCUAUUCUAACGAAAUCUACACCGAUUGAGCCUAAUUCUAUGGCUCAAAACAUACCAAGCCCAUUCAUUGAGUCCACUCUUGUGACUCAAGAAAUGUCAAGCCCGUUCACUGAAUGCAUUCCUAUGGAUCAAGAUUUUGAAAGCCCGAUUGUUGAAGAAGAUGUCAUACCUUCGGAAGGAGCUCAAGCUUCUGGAAGCUCUUUUGAAACACCUGAGCUGGACCUCUCUAAAGGAAAAAACAAGCUGCUUGACUCUGAAUUGGUUGAUGUGGUUCUGCUUCAAAACAGAGUCUUUGAUCUUGAACAAAGCUCUGUCAAAAAAGAUUUGAUUAUUGGAAAGCAGGACAUUCGUAUCCGUGAUCUUGAGAGAGAGAACUCCGAUAAAACUUCAAAGAUCUUAGAACUUCAAGAAAAUCUUGGUGGUCUAAUUGCUCUAUUCUUUGACUUGAAACAACGCCUAUUUCAAACGUUUGGUGAUGAAUUUCAUCCUUUGAGCGCUGAUGGAGAAAAGAUCAUUGCUUCUAGUUCUGAUCCUGCCAAUCCAGCUUCUCCAUCCUCAAGUGAAAGAGCUACAAGACCUACUCCGAAUGCUUAUCUUGAUACAUUUUUAUCUUCUGGUCUUGCUUCUGCUCAAGAAAGAAGAGAGAAGCAAGUUAGGGUUGAGCAGCUGAAAGGGAAGAUGCUGGUGAUGAAGCAUUCUUACCAAAAUGCUCCAGGUGAUAACCCUGAGAUGUUUUUCAGGGAAACUGGAAAGAAGUUUAUAGAUAAAUAUGGGGAUCGUUCUGGCAUCAUCAUGUGGGGGUAUGAUGCUGAUAAAAGGAUGUGGGUCGUGAAGCGGAAAAGUGGAAGAAUUGAAUACUAUGAGAAGAAAGUUGACUUCUUGUCCUAG